AUGUUUCCGGUAGAAGCAGCAGUAAUAUCAAGAGAUUGGGAAAGUACAAAGACUACAGUGGUCAAGGUUCUGCUACGGCUUGAAUUUUUCGAAGAUGAAAUGCCAAUGGAAGUUGAUAUAAACAAUGAAGCAGCUGCGAUGAUGUUACCCAGUUGGAGUAUGAUCUCAAGAAUGGAUCAAUCUACAACAAUUGCCCUGCUUUCUUAUAAUUAA